GUAAUAUUACGAAUACGUUACGCAUGUUAUCAAUAUCAAUCAUUACCGUAUGUAAAAAGUGUCACGUGACACUAGAGGAGUGGUUGAUACCUAAUUAAAUUAAAUUUACCCCCAGCAAAUUUCAUGUUUAAGAAAAGUCAGUUUCUUUCCUUGAAUCUUAAUUGACAGUUGGCAUUUCCUAAGAUUUUCAAUGGUCUGAGGAAUUACUCGAAGAUUUAUACAGAAACCAACAAAUUGGUCAAACACAUACUAUAUAAACUUUAAGAAGAUUUUGUAUUCUCUUACAACACAGUAGGUAAUAAAUAUCUCAUUAGUCAUCAUUAUACAUCAAUUUAAGAAGAUUUUGUAUUCUUUUACAAUUUGGUUUAUGCCAAACUAAUUUUCUUUUGCAUAUUAACUUAUUCAUUAUAUGCAAUGUUUGAUAUAAAAAUCGAGUAGCCACAAGUUUUGAGAGUUCAGAUUACGUCCUCGUAAUUUUGUUUAUCUAUAAAGCUAGAAAAAGAAGAAAAAAAAAUGAAUUGUUAAACUAUCUCGAAGCAGUAGAUAUGCCAGCGGACGAUAUGCCACAGCCAGGAUUCGUGAAAAAUGAAAGCGACCUAGCCAUCAUGGUGGCAACGGCUCUAGCCUUCUCCAUCUUCAUCGUGGGUUUGGCUUCGGUUUGCUAUCGCUGGGCCGGUCGCAGGUUUUACGCGGACGAGCAAUCCGUAAACCUGUCUACACACCCCCAACAUGAACUCCAGACCGCGAGGAGGGGUACGACGAGGCGUGGGAUCGACGCAGCGAUCGUGGAAUCGUUUCAGACGUUUCUAUACUCUGAGGUGAAGGAGCAGAGGAUUGGUAAAGGCGGGGUCGAGUGUGUGGUGUGUCUUUGUGAGUUCCAAGACAAUGAUAGGCUGAGUUUGAUGCCUAAUUGUUGUCAUGUGUAUCAUGCUGAUUGCGUAAGUGUCUGGCUCUCUGAUCACUCCACGUGUCCGCUCUGCCGUGUGGAUCUUGUCUUCCAACAGGGUCAGGGAAGCGACCCGGAUCCUGAACUAGGAGUUGUCGAUACUACAGAAGCGCGUUUGUCUGAAAGUAUGACGUGGACUAAUAGGAGCAGACCGCCUCGGUCUAGGUCGAUGAGAUUACCCCAUUUGCGAGUCGCUGAUAUGUCAUUAUCGAGAUCUCAUUCGACCGGACACCGUGUGGCUGAACCGGUGGAGAAUUUGGACCGGUUUACACUCCGGUUACCAGAUGGUGUACGGACGAGACUGAUAAAGAAGACGCUGGUGAGAAGCUCGCAGGGUUUGUACAGAAGCAGAAGUGUCGGAAGCAGAAGCGCGAGGAGUGUCUUCUCAGAACAAUGGUGUAACUAUAAGAACCAUCGGCGGAUACAUUCGAUGACUCUCUCCUUCACUGAUCAUCUUCGCGUAUGGUUGGCAGGAGAUGUGGUGGCUCCGCCGAAUAGUGAGCAGACAUCUAGAGAAUUCCGACCAGAUGAUCUAGUGUAAGAAUGCUAGCUUUUAAGUGUGUUUUUGUUGCAACAUAUUGUUUGCGUUCAUUUGUAUUUGAAGAUGAUAAUUUUAGAGAAAAAAUAAAAUGGAAUGGUAAUUGUCAGAAGUGGAAUUUGAACCACACCGUCUUAGACCACUCGGCCAUAUAAGAACUCCGACCAGAUGAUCUAGUGUAAGAAUGCUAGCCUUUAAGUUGUUGCAACAUUUUGUUUGCGAUCGUUUGUAUUUGAACAUGACAAUUUUAGAGAAAAGGGAAAAAAAAAUGGAAAUAUGAAUGUCAGAAGUGGGAUUUGAACCCACGCCCUCUUUCGAAGACCAGAACUUGAGUCUGGCGCCUUAGACCACUCGGCCAUCCUGACAUUUUUGAGAGGAUGUGGUGAUAUGUUUUACAUAAUUGUAACCUAUGUCAAGCGCAUACAAUUCUACAUGAAAACUAAUCAAUCUAUCAGUAUGGGAACUGUAGAAUAGUGUCCAUAUAUACUAUGAUCUAUCUUUGGUGUGAGGAAUAUACUGAGUGAAAGAGAGGGUUUAGACUUGUGGUAAGUAUGUAACUAGGGACAUGUGUUACACCUGAGAUAGUAUAUGUAAAUGGCUGAGAUAUGAAGCCAUAUCCUCCUUGUCGUUUUUUCAAGCUGAGAUAUGAGACUGUUAACAUAUCAGCUAGACGAGAGAAAAAAAAAAAGAAAGAGAAAACUCAAUUGUCAAGAUCAAAGCUCAAGUUCUAGUGGAUUGCUACCAAACCCAAUGAGUAUAGUUCUUCUUCACAUUUGAGGAAGUCCGAGUAAACAAGCUUUCGUGUCUAGUUGUUUAUUCUCGUUCUUCGUUCUUCAAUCAAUUUGCAAAUCUGACUAGAUUCAAUCUAAAUAAUCUUAACAGGUACAAACCAUGGCACCAAGUCUAUUAAAUAUCACCCAGACAAACUAAAAAGAAUAAUAUCAAAACAAUGUUUAGCUACAAAUUUUUUUUUAUCAAUCAGUAAUGUCGAAACAAAGCUUAGCCUCAUCCCAAGGACCAUUAAUCUCAAACUUAUACUCCUGCAUCCUUAUCAACCAAUAAGGACACACAACAUUAACAACAACCACAAGCACCAGAAACAAAACAAAGAACAACCUAUGCAGCGCAUAAACAGAGUACAUCGUCAAACCCAUCAACGCAAACGAGAACCCCAAAUGCAACCCAAACGAAAACUUCUUGAUGCAGUAAGCCACAAGAGGA